AUGGGCGAAAACCCAAAUCUCGUAACGAUCGACCCGAACGGAGACAUGCUGAUCAAGCUCAAAUACCGGAGUACCGCGCAGUCGAAGUGGAAAAACGAGAGCGAAUCCGUGGAAGAUUGGAUCGCUCAGGCAGAAGCCGCCAAAGCAGUUAUCGAGAACGAGACUGCGCGACCGGAGCAGAAACCUGCCGAAGUUCACUACCUCGUAUCAUCGCGACAAUUACGCAUCGUUUCACCUUACUUCGAAAAGAUGUUCAAGCGGAACUACGACGAGACUGUUCCCAAUAGCGAGGACGGUCUAUAUCACGUACGAGCGCAGCAGUGGAAUCCGCAUGCCCUUGCCAUCAUGCUCAAUAUUGCGCACCUUCAGUUCGCGGCUAUACCGAAGGAACUCAGCGUUAGGUUGUUUGUUGCGCUGUUUCUGGUUGCGGACUACUACCAGAUGGAGGAUGCGUUGAGGCUGUUUACGAAAGAGUGGCAGGAACAACUCCAGGAACAGCCGAUGCCAACGCUUUACAGCGAAGAGUCGAUGCUGUGGAUGUUCUUGGGUGUGAAGUUGAAAGAAGGGGAGAUAUUUGAGAGCAUGGCAUCUCUGGCAAUGAGGGAGGCAUGUCAUCCGAUACAGUUCUUGGAUCUACCUUUCCCACGUGGUGAAAAAGGUGUGGGUCAGCUUGACAGCAUGAGGUGUAAGGCUAUCCAAGCGCUGCUGGCUGGCACUCAUAAGCUCAACCAAGAUCUAUACGAAGGCAACGCGGGAUGCAAUGAUGCAUGUUCGGCAAUGAUGUUGGGGUUCUUACAGCGAAGCUUGUGGGACACGAAGUUGCUGAGUCACAUCGAGAAACAUGACCAACAUCCCUUCGAAGGACUGUCAUUCGAUGUGAUCUAUCGCGGAAUCAACAACGUCGUUUAUGAUCAGAGUUACGGUAUCAUUAUACAGGCCGGUUGUUGUCAAAUCCGCGACCUUCUUUAUCCAAUCUGCGAAAAAGCCGAAGCUCACUUCGAAUUGGACUUUUCGUCGUUUUGA